AUGCCUGAGCAAAGCAAUGAUUACAGAGUUGUGUUUGGGGCUGGAGGAGUUGGAAAAAGUUCUUUGGUCUUGAGAUUUGUGAAAGGCACUUUCAGAGAGCGCUACAUCCCUACCAUUGAAGACACCUAUCAGCAGGUGAUCAGCUAUGAUAAGAGCAUAUGCACUUUGCAGAUAACUGACACUACAGGGACCCAUCAAUUUCCAGCCAUGCAACAUCUUUCUAUUUCUAAAGAACAUAAUUUCAUUUUGGUUUACUCUAUCACCAGCCAUCAGUCUUUGGAAGAACUCAGACCCAUCUAUGAACAAAUAUGUCAGAUUAAAGGAGAUGUAGAAAGCAUUCCAAUAAUUCUGGUGGGGAACAAAAAUGAUGAGAACCAAAACCGAGAGGUGGAGAGCAGUGAAGGAGAGGCCAUGGACAAGAAGUGGAAGUGUGCCUUUAUGGAGACCUCUGCCAAGCUGAACCACAAUGUGAAGGAGUUAUUCCAAGAGCUGCUAAACCUAGAGAAACGCAGGACUGUGAGUUUACAAAUUGAUGGCAAAAAAACCAAGCAGCAGAAAAGGAAAGAGAAGCUGAAAGGCAAAUGUGUUGUGAUGUGA